GCAGAUGGGAGCGCCGUAUCCUCUGUCUAUCGGGGCUGUGGGGCGCCCAGUGCGCAUCUGAGUCUGGGGACGGAGAUCCCUGGUUGCAAGAUGGAGAUUAAGCCGCCAGGGAGGACCCAGGAGGUGCUGCAGCUUCACCCGGGGGCCUGGGGUGAGGGGCUCUGUGCCUCUUCGGAGCCUCCAACAGCCUUUGCAGCUUGGGGAAAUCCGUCAGAUUGGAAAAUGAUGCAUCCUGUUGCCAGUGGUAAUACUGCUUUCUGUGGGCCUGGCAAGGCGUCCUGCCUCAAUGAAGACAAUAUGAGAGCUGCUGAUCAAUUUGACUUAUAUUCCUCUCAGCAAAGCAAAUACAGCCAUACAGUCAGCCACAAACCAAUUGCUUGCCAGAGGCAAGACCCACUAAAUGAAACACACUUGCAGGCCACAAGUGGCAGAAACAUAGAGACAAAAGAUGAACUCAAGAAAAAGAAAAACCUCAAUCGAUCUGGGAAACGUGGCAGACCCUCGGGGACCACCAAGUCAGCAGGAUACAGAACCAGCACUGGACGACCCCUUGGAACCACCAAAGCAGCUGGAUUUAAGACAAGUCCAGGCAGACCUUUGGGUACAACUAAAGCUGCAGGAUACAAAGUCAGCCCAGGGAGACCUCCAGGAAAAAAGCAGCAAGCCUUCAGGUGUUCCAGUGAUGCCUGACACAUAAUGAGCUGGACUUUAUGCUGUGCUUUACAGUAAGAGGUGUUGAAUUAUAUGUGGGGACUAUUUGUGCACUGGCAACUAAGACAUUGAACCUCAACAAUCUUAGCAUUGCACAGACCAUAUAGAACAAUUUUAAAUGGCUACAUAUUGAUUUGUAACCUAAUGGCAGCUAAUUGCUACUAAACCAGACUUUCUUCAGGUCAAGGCUUUUCAUUCUGGUACUAUGUUCUAUUUCUUAACAAAUUUAAAUAUAAAACUCUUUAUUUACUCAGAACAGUGUAACUUCUGACACACAAAUGCUUUUAUUGUCAUUAACACUCACAAUGUAAUUGUCAUUUAGCUGUUUCAUUUGAUAAUGUAGUGUUUUGAAAUUUUUGAACUAGUUUGGAAAACAUUUAUUUAAUUGAAUGACAUAAUUGUGGGAAUGAUACAUUUUACUGGCAAAGAUUUGGUUGCAUGUUGCUUUUAUGUUUUAAAGUAAAAUUCACUUCUUUUCUGUCGGUUUCUUUUUAUCCUUCAUUUUGUUUCUUCCUUUUAUGCAUCUACUCAGUGGUGCUGUGCUGUGUGUCAGAAGGCAAUACAGAUGUAUUAUUGUUAUAUUAGUAUAAUGGACUUUGUAUUCCAAUAUAUUGAAAGAGUAAAAUCAGCUAAAGAAAAAAAUAUAUAUAUAGAUAUAUAUUAUGGUGUUUAUUAAUGAUAUCAGGAAAAAAAGUGGGGAAAUGACAACAGUUAUGGAUAAUACCAAUUAGAACCCUACUUUUGCAGUUCAUAUGAAAAGCUGCCUAGAGAAUUGGAUUUGUGCACUGCUGAACAUCUGAUUCCAGUUUCUCUUGAACAAUUUAUUGGUGUCAUGAUGAAGAAAAAGAAGUCUAAGAGAAUGAAGUCUUAAAUUUUGCUUCUGUAUAUUCUAUCAAGUACGUUGUGGGUUGUUUGUUGUUGUUGUUUCUUUUUUUUUGUAACACUGUCUUUUGUCAUGAUAAACACUGAAAUAGCAUGUUAAAAACUGCCUAUACUUUGAAAUAGUCAAUGAGAAAAGGCUUUUUCCCCCAUAAUAUGAUUGUUUUUUGAAACAUGAAUUGCUCAUUUUAUAUUAUUGUAACUCUGCUUUUCAUAAAAUAGGAUUCACUGUUCUGUAUUAACACUGUUGGGUCAGAAUAUGAUCUAAAGUACAAAUAAUUUUGUUUUAAUGUUUUUCUUUUUCAACAUAUUUUUAUGCCUUAUUUAUGAAUAAAUGAAUGAUUUAGUAUCUUAAAUAAGGGGCUAACACAUAUGUUAAUUACUCUGAUUUUGCCAUCAAAAUGAAUUUUGCUUACCUAAUUUUUGGGAUCAGAUGAAAUCUCAAGUCUUGCACUGGAUAUUUAAAAAAUAUUGGUACCAUGUUUUGGCGGGAAAAAAAUUAAUAGAAUAUUGACAGAAGGCUGAUAUUUAAUAUAUUGGUUUCUUUUUAAAAUCCAGUUUCAGAGUGACCAUACAAAAGACCUUUCUUUACAUUAUCCUUAAUUUUAAAGAUAACUAUUUAUCAAAGUAAUUUACCCAUCCAAACAAAUUGAUUUGUAUUUGUAUGGAUGAAUAGCAGCAAUUAUAUGCAUAAUCAUUCUAAAACAGAAUCUGACGAUCUUUUUGAGUUUCUUUAAAACAAAAACAAGCCCUGGACCUAGUUGAUGAAUCAUAUGUCCAUUGUAAGAAUAACUUAUGAUAUGUUUUAAAAACAUGCUUUACUUUUACAUAAUAAAAAGCUUUAAAGACAGACAAUUCAGGUGCUUGUAGUAGUAACUGCAACUUCAUUACUAAUAGAUGUGUAAUAAAAUUUUAUCAUGCUUUUUCAGUAAAAUUGAAUGAUUCAGAAUACUUGUUCAAAAGAUUUUUCAUUUCUGGACAGGUUUUGUUCCCUCUAUAUUCUUAUAUUAUCGUAGUAUCCAUAUUUUAAAAUAUUGCUUAAUUAUAUGUUUAUAAAUGUUAGUAUGUAUCAGUCUUUUUUUUAAGUAGAUAUAUAUGGCUAUGAUCACAGAUGUUGAUUUAAUUUUUGAGAAUUAAAUGAUAAAGUAAAAUCAUUGGAAUUUUGUUUUGUAAUCAGACCAUUUUGAUUCUUUAAUUUUUUAUUAUUUAGUUUUCCCACAGAUGAUAUGGAUGAAAUAAUUACCAGCUAACUAAUAUCAGCACACUGUCCUCUGCUGUAAAAAGUCUGAUAGAUACUGUGUAUGUUUUUAUGUCCAUGAACUUGAGCUACUCGUGUGCAAUUAUGUGUAUAGGAAUGGAGUAGUGUUCAUGAUUUGUAUCUACAUCAUCAUAUGGAUGUAUAUUUAUUAAUAAAGUCAUUGCUUUAAAACCAAA